CUCAAUAUUAAUAAAACAAAACACUUGCUGGAACACAUGUCCUUUUAUUCAAAAGUAAUAUUAGAACUAAAACAUAAAUCAUAUCUAACCCUAUACAAGACCAACAAUUGGCAACUGCGGCUUCAGCUUCAGCGGGUGGCGUAAUCGCAAAAUUCUAUGGAAUUUUUAUUUUGGCUUCAGUCCCGAAAUUAUUGCAGACGCUUGGUAAGCAAUUUUGGCAAUGUUGCAACGGAAGUAAUUGUUUGAGCCAAAUAAUUCUGGGUUAACUUAUAUGAGCCAAAUCUUAUCAAGAUCGCAUUAUUAUAUAACAUACAAUACAAUAUGGUUGAAGCAAAUCGGACAAGACUAAAAAUUUCAAUAAGGAUAUCUUUGAAUUGCACUUUCCCACGAGAAAAAAUGUGAAACACGUCUUAAAUGAUAUCUUACGUAGUUCCAUGGAAAUUAAAUUAAGCGCGAAAUCGUAAAUGUAAAGCAAGUGUCAAAUGAUUUUUCAUAUAGACCCUUGGAUAUGAUCUUGACAGCGAAACGUCACCCACUAAAUCUUUGACCUCCAUAUUCACGAAGAAGGAAUGGAUUUUUCGAUAAGUGUGAGAUCCCUCAAAUGAAUUCGAACAAAGAUCUUUCAAGAUAUGUUUGAGGCCGAUCGGAUGAUAAACAAAAAGUUUCAUACAACAAUUUUUCGCGAUUUUUCCACACAUGCGGGUAGAAUUUCUCGAAACCCCGUCUUAGCGUCCACCUUAAUUACAUAAGAGCUUCCUAGCUCUUACGGUUCGGGCUGUGCGUUGAUCACCACAGCUUUAUAUUAAGAAAUAAAGAUAAGUUUUCUAUUUCACAAGAUAUUUUCACAUCAUUAAUAAAAACAUUUAAUCUUCGGCGUACCGAAAAUAAUUACUUUUUUUCUUUGUUGCAACUACUUCUGUUUUAAAAAUAUUGCUACGAGAAGUACUUCUAUGUGCUUAGUCGUCCCUUAGCGCCCCACAGCGAAGUGCUUUCUUUAAAAACAUCGGUGAUGAUUUCCCGACUUCAUGCCAAAACUUCAAUAUUUGUUCAAAGAACAUUAUAUGACGAAAAGAUAACUAGACAGCCUGCUAAAUUCAUAUCAUCAAAAUAGUUAUACCUGAUUUACCCACUUUCAAUGAGUUUGGUGCAUAAAAAGUUAACUUGGAAUCAACCAUUAAUGCAUUACUGAAGUAUUUUCUGCAGCCUUCAACACAUAGUUGAAAAUAGGUUUCAGCCCAUUUUCUCAAGUAUGUGGAUGAGAAUGCUUAUGCACACAUUAUAUAGUUAUUUUACAUGUUUUUUAUACAUCGCCUUAGCAAAUUCCCUUUACGUCAGAAAAUUCUUUGAAUAACCUAAGUUAGCAGCUUACCUGCUCUUAGCUAUAGGCUAAAUAAUUAUGUAUGUAUGUAUUGUGUAACUAUUCGAGGAUAGCAUUGUUAAUAUGAGUGACCCUCGAGAUAUAUAAAUAAACUGGCUGAAGAUUAGUUUAAAUGGUUGACGUCGCGCCUUUGUCCUCAUUUCGUGUGCCCUGCAAGCGAAAAAGGGGCUUCAACUUGUUUGCGAUGAACGUCAGUUGCAUGGAGGGUGUGUGUCUCUAUGGGUGUAGUUGGAGUAUGCAUGUACAUACAUAUGUUUGUGAAUGUGUAAGUCGUGAGUGUCAAACUGGAAGAUACCAUAUAAACGAGUUUAUUUCUCUGAAGAGCCAAGGGCUGUAAAAGAAAUAAGUAAAAAUGCUUUGUCUUGUGAGCCCAACUAAGAGAUACCCUGUGUCCAGAGUCAAGCUGCCGUUCAGCCACUUUGAGUGGCAAGUAAACACACAAAAACACCUGUACACACGCCGCAUGCUGCGCAAAUUAUUAUGAAGCAUAAAUUUAAAAUAUGCAUAGAGGCAAGGGUAGAUUUAUUAGGGGUUGUCUGCUUCAGCCUAUUAAAUACAAAUAUACAAAUUUGUUAUACUCUUUAUUGCUACUUUAAAUAGGUGCAAUAAUAUUAACAAAUAAGAAUUUUCAAGUAGGGUGUAACCAACUGAUUAAUAUACGCUUUCGUGAUAAUUGUUUAAAAGAGAAAACCUAAAAAUUUAUUGAUGCGUUUCUCCAUUUUCCAAAUGCUCAGUUGUUAUUAAUCAACUUUUAAAGAAGUUCAUCGGCCGACUUUAAAUAAAAAUUGGCCACUGCAGCUGUAAACACAUAAAUCAAUUUUGUCAUUGCCCCACUAGGGUCACAUGCCCUUAAUAAUUUCUCUGAAUCGGGAAUACAUAUAUUCCGAGAGUAAAUUACCAGUGUCAAUAGUGUUUGAAAAAAUGUAGGGCAAUGCAUAAACCAAAUAUACUCUUUUUAUUUUGUCUGGGGUAUUGCGAAAAAUAUAUGAAGAUAAAAUAGUAGGGAGUACCCAACUAGGAAAUACCGUCAAUCAAGUUUUAUAAAAAACUCAAACAGGUCCGCCGGGCAAGCUAUCGAUGCUUACAAACACACUACCCAGAAGAGUUUAAACUACCUAUUUCAUUGGUAGUGAAGUAAAACUAUUAUGAUUAAAUCGUUAAUUUAAGUAAAAUGCUCUCCCCUGCAUGGCUUAAUGGCUCAUGCCCCCAUGCCUCUUAGCUCAUAACUAAAAUAGAAGCAGAAACACUCAGCACAGCCAGAAUACAUUGGAAAUUUCAUUCAUAUUUAUAGAAUUCGAAAGGGAGCACAAUAUAUGACCUAACCAUUCUUUAAACAGUUUCGGAGUUUCUUAAUCUAUAUUGACCGCAUUCCGCAAUAGGUCUUAUUGUGCCAAAGAAUUUUCAUUUAUUAAAAAAAAUAAAAUUAGCAUUAAAUUUGUGGAUUACAACUAUUUUGUGUUCCAAUUGGAUUUGUACUUAUGCUUCUUUUAAAAAGGGAAAGAAUUGAAUUUUGUUGAUUGCAUGGGAACAAGGUGAGUUAUUCAUUAUUUCAAUUUGAGCAGCGCUCUAGCAGCAAGCAUUAAUAUUCUGUAUGAGGUCGGAAUGGAUUCCUCCUGUCUGUCACAUAUAUUUGAACAAAACCGCUAUACCCCUUUAACCAUUUUCAAUUGGCUCAGGGUAUAAAGAAUAUAGUAGUGAGAACACAAUGAGUAGAGAAGAUAAGAUAGAAGAAUCAAGGGGAGACUUGCGGCGUGGUGAUACGCCUACUAAUAUUAAAGCUUGCAUGUCGGUAGUGCCCAACUAGGAGAAAUCGAGCACUCCGCUUAAAGCUACCAUUAUAAACAUUGUAGCUUUCUUCUCUAGAUUAAAUACUUAUAAGGACACGUUCACAUAUGGACUUCCCUAUGACCGAUAUAUGAGAAAUGCCUUAGUUUGAAUUUACAAGCUCUUGAUUUUGUAAUAUGUGCGUUUUAUACAAUUUUCGGAACACGAAGUGUUAUCGAAAGUGUGAAAUAAUUUGGAUCAGUGUAUGGUAUAUGCGAGUCGUCUUUGGCUAGGAUUUUGAUGUAAAUAUAAAUCAACUUCAUGUAAAAAGGACCAGUUAUCAAUGACUUAAAAUAAACUCGUACUGCGCGGAGGAGGAUCUCCGAUCAACAUUUCGAGCUCUCCUGAUCUCCGAGAUAGAAACGUUCAUACUUACGGAGUUAGAUGGACGGGCAGACAAAUGGACAUGGCAAGAUCGAGAAAAUAUGUUCUUUAUGGGGUCUUUUUACCUUUACAUACCUUCGCAUAAGGAAUCGAGAAUAUCGAUAUAAAAAUCAUAUUUUUUAAACAUAUCUCAUAGGUGUUAAGAGCUAGUGAUUAACUUUGGCAUUUUGCUUUGUAUAGACAGAUGUAAAUGUGUUAUUGAUGCAAAUAUGCAUCAAAUAAGAUUCGAAUGGCUUAUUCACAACAUUAAGCAUUUUAGUUCGUAUUAAUAUCAUUUUUUUGCAGACUUGUGAAAACAAUAUUCUAAAAUUUCAUAUUAUUGUUCAGACAUAAAAAAAAAAACUAUUGAGUAAAGUUCAGCUGCUUGGAUAUCACGACUGCGGUCAUCAAUCAGGAAAUGGUUAUCAUAACAUGGGCUGCGUCUUUGAAUCAGCGAGAGAGCAGCCCAAGCAGAGUACAACAAAACAAACACAAAAUCAAUGCUCUCGCAUAACAUCAACAUUAGUAAGGAACAUAGAAAUCAAGGAUAACUAUAAACAAAGUCAUAAAACUCAAACAGCAGCAGCAACAGCAACCGCCAAACAUCUAAAAGCAGCAGCUCAAGUGCUUUUAGCGGAACAACGGCAACAACAACAGCAACAACAACAACAGUUUUUUCAAGUGGCGCAUGAUAACAAGGUCGCGUUGGCGACACGCGAAACAAUUCUAACAAUCAAUAUUCAGGCAUCGAGGCAGCCAAGCACUUUGCAAAUAAAUUGCUCCAACUGCUACAGCCGCAGCACAAAGAUUACAAAAAAUGAGCAGCGACGCUACCGACGCAUUCAUUGGUGCCAGCAUCAUGCGGCCAGAGGAUGUGGCAGUUGCACCGGCAGGAGUACCGACAUUGGUGCAAAAGCGACUUUGGCUGGCAUUUCCAGCCAAGCGCAAACUGACCUAGCGAACCUCCUGGACGAGAAAGGCAAGGAUCGGCAGGAACAGCAUGAGAAGGAUGGGCGUAGAGAUGUAGAACAGCCAUUAGCUUAUCUUACGUGGCGUCUAGGCAAUGUCGCCAGCGCUGUCGUACCCAUCACCAUGUCAGCCGCAAUUCUAUCCACUCUGAGCACCACCUUAGCAGCCGGAUAUCAGUAUCUGGCACAGCAUUAUAAGCAAUAUAGCCAAUCGUUCAGUUUCUAUGCGGCAUCCAGUGUUGUACUGAUGCUCUGCUAUCUGACGACGACAUCUAUGGCCGCUGCAACACAGUCUGAGACGGUUGCCAUUGACAAGCAUCCUAUCAUCGAUUGGUCAAAAUUCGACGAGUCCAGUUCGGAUAAGGAAAUUUUAGAUUUAUUGCUUGAGAAGAAACGCUACGAUAAACGAUUACUGCCGCCUGUAAAUGAUGAAGACUUUUGUUGUGGCUUACAAUCGCCCGACAUGGCUACAAAUCAAAAUGCGCGGAGACCACAUAAUCGCGGCACCCUGACAGUUAAUGUUAAUGUAUUGCUGUUAAGCUUAGCAUCGCCCGACGAGAGCAGUCUGAAAUAUGAAGUGGAAUUUCUGUUGAAUCAGCAGUGGAACGAUCCACGCUUGCAAUAUGGCAAUAAGUCCCACUACGAUUUCUUAAAUGCUUUGCAUCAUCAUGAUAGUAUCUGGACGCCCGACACAUAUUUCAUUAUGCAUGGCGAUUUCAAGGAUCCCAUCAUACCAAUGCAUUUCGCUUUAAGAAUAUUUCGAAAUGGGACCAUUACGUACGCAAUGAGACGGCAUUUGAUAUUGUCCUGUCAGGGAAGUCUACAUAUAUUCCCAUUCGAUGAUCCAAAGUGCUCCUUCUCAAUGGAAAGCAUUUCCUAUGAGGAAGCACAAAUCAAAUAUGUCUGGAAGAAUGAUGAAGACACAUUACGCAAGAGCCCAUCGUUGACCACACUGAAUGCAUAUUUGAUUAAAAAUCAAACAACGGCCUGUGAUCAAAAUAGUUGGAGAGGGAACUACAGCUGCCUUAGGGUCGAUUUAAUCUUUACCAGAGAUCGGGCGUUCUAUUUUACCACCGUUUUUAUACCUGGCAUUAUUUUGGUGACGUCGUCUUUUAUAACAUUCUGGCUAGAAUGGAAUGCCGUGCCCGCUAGAUCAAUGAUAGGUAAUUACAGUUGCCUACAAGUCGAAAUGACAUUUACCCGUGAUCGUGCGUAUUAUUUCACAACCGUUUUUAUACCUGGCAUUAUAUUGGUCACCUCGUCGUUUAUCACAUUUUGGCUAGAAUGGAAUGCAGUACCAGCCCGGGUUAUGAUCGGCGUGACAACAAUGUUGAAUUUCUUCACUACCUCCAAUGGUUUCCGCAGCACCCUGCCCGUUGUCUCCAAUCUGACGGCGAUGAAUGUGUGGGACGGCGUCUGCAUGUGCUUCAUUUACGCCUCUUUACUGGAGUUCGUUUGUGUCAAUUAUGUUGGACGUAAGCGUCCGCUGCACAAUGUCGUCUAUCGUCCGGGUGAAAAUCCCGUAACACAGCGUCUUCCAGCGGUACUAAGCAGGAUCGGAGUAAUUCUUGCAAGUCCUUUGGCGAGCACCAUCACCACACCGGAUAUGGCCGGUACGCCGCUCCCUAAGAGCUUGGCCGCGCCCGAAUCUUCAUCGGGCACACAAAGGCCUGCGGAGAACGAAUUUGUUAGCGGCAUGCGGUGGCAAGAGGCACAUGGUGGUAUCAUUGGUGCAGCAGUGCAAAAUUUGAGAGCACGUUCUAUUAAACGUAAAAGCGGCCACGAAGCCACAAGAAGCGCGUCAUCAAAGUCCACAUCGCCAGGUCUAAAGUCCACCUGUUUGACUACCGAGCAUAUUUAUGAAGAGCCUGAGCCGAGUAAAAAUGUGGCUUCGACUAGUGUUAGAUUUGAAGAUGUACAGCAAAAGGAUAGCUCUCCCACGAUGCGCCGCUCUGUUGGCACUAGCACGCCAGCGCUGGUGGUGCGUAUCGAACAAGAAAAGGAAGAACAAGAAGAAGGUGUGAAGGAACAGUUGCAGCGCCAACCAUUACCAUUUAUCGAAAUGGCUGAGCGACAGCAUCAAUUAGAACUACCUUUAAAGCCGCCACGCAGAAAAUCUUCGCGUUCAAAUUCACCAAGCAGCGCCUACGCGGCGGAUAUGGAAGCAAGAAUAACAAUCGGGACAAGGACAUCCGCGGCUGAAGUGAAAAAUCCCGGCGAAAAGCGACGUGACGCCGGAGCACCGAAUGAGAUUGUGGCAUGCACCACAUGCGGAAGCAGCAAUAGCCCAUGCACCCACUCCGCUAAUAAUGGAUGUGCCACGGAGACCUGCUUUGUUCAGAUGCGCAAGAAAGAACCACCGCAUCCGAUACGUGUGGCGAAGACGAUUGAUGUCAUUGCGAGAAUAACAUUUCCAACAGCUUAUGCCAUAUUUCUCAUAUUUUUCUUUGUACACUAUAAGGGAUUUUCAUAAAAUUAAGCUAAAAGUAACAUCCAUUAACUUGCGCUUAAGGAAACAGCAUAAAAACAGCAUAAAAUUAUUUGAUAAUCUAAAAAUGUGGAAUUACAUCAUAAAAGUCAAAAUUUGAAAGUUCUAAA